AGCAAUUAUAGUAAAAAAGGAACAUCUUCUAGUAGUACUUCUUCGAGAGGAAGCGCAAGUGUAGCAGGUCAACAUCUUGAGCAAGUUAGACUUUCAUCUCCGAUGAUGCCAACGCCACCCCCAUCGACGCCAACGGGUGCGAGUGUAUCUUAUGUAGACUUUGGAACUGGAGUUGGAGUAGGCAAGUAAUAGUGAGCAGAAGGCGUGGUAGGUUUUCAAUUUUUCGAUACAGCUUCACCUUCAAGAUGAUGUUGAUUCAAGAUGUCGAUGUGGCGUUUGCAUCAUUUUUGAGAAUUCAAUACAACGGGGGACUAGUAUAUCCGUCAUGUUGUUAUCACCACCACCACCACCACCACCACCUCUAAUCCUUUUCCGGUUUUGCCGCAGCUCGUAGCUCUCCUUUCAGUUCUUUGAUGUCACGCUAUCAGGCUACAUCAUCUUCUAGAAGUGCUUACAAAAAUCAACACCAGAGUUGCACUUCUAGAGGCGUCGCGGGCUCAGCACCCAGGAAUGCCUAUCAAUCGAAAUGGGUGAAAACACCAGGCGUAGUGCGACCUGGAUUUUGGUGCAGGGAUCAAACUGGGAUAAACUCAAAGGACCACCAUCUCCCACAUACAGGACAGAAAGACGCAGAAGAAAGCAGCGAUACUUUCCCGAGACAUUAUGCUGUUCUUCUUGAUCUCUAGUAGUACUUCUUUGAUUUUUUCUUAUUAUCUUCUUGUUCACGUAUUCAAGCUAUUUACACCUACAGUGACUGCUGCAUGAUGAACAUGAAAGACUUUAUGUUUCCGCCAACAUUCAUUCUCCGUGUUCCGAUGAUCCAUCUGAUGAG